CGCCGGGGGCUGCCGCCGCCGCCGCCGCCGCCGCCGCGAGCCGGGAGCCGCGAUGGCCCGGUGGCCCGCACCUCCUCCGCCUCCGCCUCCGCCUCCACCUCUGGCCGCGCCGCCGCCGCCCGGCGCCUCUGCUAAGGGGCCGCCGGCGCGCAAGCUGCUUUUUAUGUGCACCUUGUCCCUGUCUGUCACCUACCUGUGCUACAGCCUCCUGGGCGGCUCGGGCUCCCUGCAAUUUCCCCUGGCGCUGCAGGAGUCGCCGGGCGCCGCCGCCGAGCCCCCGCCGAGCCCGCCGCCACCCUCUCUGCUGCCUCCCCCAGUGCGCCUCGGCGCCCCCUCACAGCCACCCUCCUCUCCACCGCUGGACAACGCGAGCCGCGGGGAGCCGCCCGAGCCCCCAGAGCAGCCAGCCGCCCCCGGGACCGACGGCUGGGGGCUGCCGAGCGGCGGCGGAGGCGCCCGGGACGCCUGGCUCCGGACCCCGCUGGCCCCCAGCGAGAUGAUCACGGCUCAGAGCGCGCUGCCGGAGAGGGAAGCGCAAGAGUCCAGCACCACCGACGAGGAUCUCGCAGGCCGGAGAGCGGCCAACGGGAGCAGCGAGAGGGGCGGCACCGUCAGCACCCCCGACUAUGGGGAGAAGAAGCUGCCACAGGCGCUCAUCAUCGGGGUCAAGAAAGGAGGGACCCGCGCGCUGCUGGAGGCGAUCCGCGUACACCCGGACGUGCGGGCGGUGGGCGUAGAGCCGCACUUCUUCGACAGGAACUACGAAAAGGGAUUGGAGUGGUACAGAAAUGUGAUGCCCAAGACUUUGGAUGGGCAAAUAACCAUGGAGAAGACUCCAAGUUACUUUGUGACAAAUGAGGCUCCCAAGCGCAUUCACUCCAUGGCCAAGGACAUCAAACUGAUAGUGGUGGUGAGAAACCCUGUGACCAGGGCCAUCUCUGACUACACGCAGACGCUGUCAAAGAAACCCGAGAUCCCCACCUUUGAGGUGCUGGCCUUCAAAAACCGGACCCUCGGGCUGAUCGAUGCUUCCUGGAGUGCCAUUCGAAUAGGGAUCUAUGCGCUGCACCUGGAAAACUGGCUCCAGUAUUUCCCCCUCUCCCAGAUCCUCUUUGUCAGUGGUGAGCGACUCAUUGUGGACCCCGCUGGGGAAAUGGCCAAAGUACAGGAUUUUCUAGGCCUCAAACGUGUUGUGACUGAGAAGCAUUUCUAUUUCAACAAAACCAAGGGGUUCCCUUGCCUAAAGAAGCCGGAAGACGGCAGUGCCCCGAGGUGCUUAGGCAAGAGCAAAGGUCGGACUCAUCCUCGCAUUGACCCAGACGUCAUCCACAGACUGAGGAAAUUCUACAAACCCUUCAACAUGAUGUUUUACCAAAUGACUGGUCAAGAUUUUCAGUGGGAACAGGAAGAGGGUGAUAAAUGAGGCUAGAGAGGCAGAGGAAGGCUAGUCAAUAGCUAAGGAGGCUCCUCGCCUGAGUCCUUGAAUACCCCAGCUUCUGCAGCUUCACUUGCUGGAGUGCCAAGUAGAUCUCCUCCUCCUUCAUGCAGCCAGGAUUUCCUCCAGUGCUGUUAGCUUAGGCAAACAGGUGGAUCCCACGGCAUCCCCAUGGAGGAACCAGGCCCAUUUGGGCAGCAGCAUCUGGUUGACCAGAUGGCCACCAGAACCCACUGUUCAUUCUUGUCUUCUGCUAGUUAAUAUGGCCUGAAGACAGAGGAUAAAUAGCUGUCAAUGUCAGAGACAGUGCUAUUAAUGUAUAUGUGAGUGACAGAAAAGGUCUGCUUUAUGGGGGUUCUCACUUUAGCUUGGGGAGCCAGGGUUCUAGCUCUGUAUCUGUCAUGGGCACCUGCUGUCUAAACCUCUGCUUGGGCUUCUCUCCAGAAUGCACUUUGUGGCUGAGUGCUCCAGGACUCCUAGGGAGCAAGGUCCUCCCUCUAAGGUGUUUCUAGUCUUCUCUUUAAAGGCCUCAUCCCACAACCCCAGACUUCCUCCCUCCCCACAUCAUGAAGGCAGAGGCAUGCACGUUCCUCACCAAAAAAGAAAACACCCCCACCCCGCCCCCCCACACACACACAAGGAAAAUGAAAGCUGACACCCCUCAAAGCCUUCUUUCCAAGAGCCCUCUAAAUGGGGUUGGGUCUCACUCUUCAUGAGUAUCCUGGGUUGUGGAGAAGCUUAGCAUAUGCCCUUGUGUUCCGAUCAGGCCCACAGGGCUGCUCAAAGAGUAGAGUAAUUGUAACUGAGGUCAGAGCUCUGAGGUUGGCAGAGAUGAGUGGCUAUAUCUGGGGGUAAAAGAAGAAAUCCUGUCCUCUUGGUGGGAGGUUACCUUACCUGAAGACCAUCUCUCCCAAGCACUGUGGUUCUGAGGCAUGUUUUUGAGGUGGACUCUGUCCCCUAGGGUCCCCAGAAGGGCAAAGACCAGAGAGUUGACAAGUCUGUUAUUAGGAAUAAUCCUUAGCCAUGUAAUGGGGAGAGGAGCAGUCAGCAUUCUUCCAAUUUGCCCCACCACCACCUCCUUGGGCUUUAUUUCUCUAUUUAGAGAUGGCAGAGAGUGAGGUAGUGGCGAGAAAGCUGACUCCAUUCAUCAGAUCCAGUUUAUGGGGGUUUGGGGUGAGCAAGGGCUGUCUGCAGACACCCCCAUUAAGGGCUGCUGAAUGAAGUGUCCCUUCCCAUCAGUUUGAUUCAAUUAAAAUGCAUCAUUUGACAUAAAGCACUUGUUCACAGAUCUCCAAAACCAGGAAUUGUUCUAGUAAAACUGGAAAUUUGUAUGAAUGGGGGGAGUUAAAUCUGUUCAGCUGUUAUUAAACUGUCAUUUCUCCCGCUAAUGAAGACCGUGUUGUUAUAAAGCUUACUGCAACCUGAUUAAUGGGUUACGAUGGUGUGUUUGUGUUGAUCAUCUCCAUCUUCCCCCGUCCCCUGGAACGCCGGGAGCAUCGUCUCUCUGAGAUGACCAGAAAGUCCCAGUGUCAAGAAUCUUCAGAAGGUUCUGUCUGCAGGGCACAGUGAAUCUUGCAAUAGUAGAAAGCAAGUGGGUCCUAAAAGGAGUGCAGCUUUCUCCUAUCUUAACCAUUUCCAACAAGGAAUGGACUGAUAGGCCAGAUUCAAAAGCAACCUUACAAAUAAUUUUUCCAGAUAGUAAAGCAGUUAUUGAGCUGAAAGCAACAGAUGUACCUGCACUAUCAAUGUAAAAGAAGAAACAGAUCAAAAUGCAUGCAUAUACAUUUGAAGGAAGAAAAUGCACGCAUAUUUAGAAGGACAAACUGUGGGACUCAUGUGGGGUUUGGUUUCAUAAGCAGAGCAAGGAGUGAGUGAGUUUCAGCCCUCCCUACCCAUCAGAGUCAGCCAUGGAGUUUGUUCAAGCUUGCAGCUUCCUGAGCUCUGUUUCAGACCUGUUAAUGAAUCAGAAACUCUAAGGUGAGGCUCAGGAAUUCAUCCUUUCAAAAAUAUUCUUAGGAAAGCUGGAACUGAGAGCAACUGGAGGAAAAGGCUUGUCUGUAUAUUUCUUUGCCUCCGCUCCCUCCCUCCUACCUCCUGUUAUGCUUUUGCUUUUCUGGGAAUUAUUUCCAGCAGAGGUGACCUCCACAAUGUUAUGGCUUCCCUGCAGAAACAUGUGCUCUUUUGGAGUUCAAUGGCCAGAGGGUUAAGUGUUAGCCUUAUAACUUAGACAGUCAAAGGAGAAUCUGGUUGUAGCAAUGCUUUAAAGAAAUAAAUGACCUAUUAAUCUAGCUUACUCUCAUCACCUCCAUUCUGGGCAGGCACAUAUUCAUUUGGACACUCAGUCACACCUACUCUCCAUUUUCCAUCUCUCUGGUUGUCUAUGUGUCUUUAAAAACCCAGAACAUCAAGACUUGCCUCCAAAACGUGUCCUCACAUAAAUAUGUCCCCAAAAUAUGACAAGCAAAUCCAUUUUGUAAUGUGGUUAGCCAAUGGUGAAUAAGCCACUUCACCUGGGAAAUAAAAGUGGAGAAGCCCCCUUAAAUUAUUUAUACAUCCUUGCAUACAACAGGAGGUUAAAAUUCCCUGGAGAAAGAGGGCAGAGGGCUAAGCCUUAGGAUCUAGGGGAUUUUUAUAUUUAAUAGUUUUUGGUGUUAUAGUUGAAAACUCGUGGUUCUGAAGAGAAAUGCAAAUUUGACAUGUUUAAGGCCCAUUUUCUUCAGUGUCUACUCUAGCUGGAUCCCUGUCACUCUGGGAGUGAGCCACUUAGCCACGUCCCUUUCUGCAAUGUGGAGACUUGACAAAGGAAUUAUUUUCUAUCCAGAAAAGCUAAGUCAACUUGCUGAAAUAGAGUCAGGUUAAUAAUACUUCCACCCUAUUUAAACGUGAGCAUUGCAACUCACGGGAGAUUGAAUUUUGUAUUUGAUUUCAAUUAGCAAAGCAUAGAUUAUGUUUAAUUUUCUAUCCCCCUCCUUUCCCUCAAAUGGAUGAUUCAUGGCUCUGGGAAGGCUGCUGCGUGUGGUUCAAAGAUGGGAAAAGGAGAAUUCAUCCUCCCAAAUAGUGCAGCUGUCAUUGCUCCCGUAUUCGUCUCUUUCUGCCAAUAUCAUUCUGUACCUGAAAGGUGUGAAAGCCUUGACAUUGCGACUUAGACCUACCAGCUCAAAACACAAUAAUAAUAAUCAAAAGCAUCCAGAAGCCCAUUUAUCUUUUAGACUGUGUAUGAAAACCACGACUUUAGAAUAGUAAAUAUGUGACCCUUCUUUGGGAUUCCCUGCAAACUUUAGGAGCCCAUCAGAUCAAAUUUUAAGUUCAGGAGAAUGUGGCCUGCUCAAUCCCUUAGCACUAGGAGUCCAUUCUAAGCCUCACUUCUUUAAGACCCCAACUCUUUUCCUCUCUCAUUCACCCACCUCUUUAUUUAACAAAGAAAACUUCUCCAUUGCCUCACUAUGGUCAGAAAAGAGGUCACUGGGUUUUAUCCUUGCCUCUGUCUGUGUCUUGAACAACUAGAUUUAUCAGUA